GCGCUCGUUGGUCCCCUCAUGCACCCCAAACCCUGAUCGUGACAGGAGGCAACGAUCGGUCGUUAUCCAUCAUGGAUUGCCGCUCCGGCGACGUCGUUUGGUAUACCGAAAAUGCGCAUUGGCGACCAGUUCGCGAUGCCCAAUUCAGUACUUUUAUUCCAUUCUGGCUCGCAUCCACAGGAGAGGAUUGCUUUGUCAAUAUCUGGGAUAUUCGAUUCAUGCAUCACGCUCCCGUAGCCAAAAUCGAUGGUCAUGAUGGCGUUAUCAAUAAAGUAAGUAGUGACCAGCUGACACACUUGGCCUGAGCGUAUUGACUUACGGACAUGGCUGUAGUUGGCUUGGUCCAAUAUGCGACCCGAGAACAUGGGCACCGCUUCGUCGGAUGGCACCAUGCGCAUGUGGAUGUUAAAGGCAGAUUGUUUGCCGGUGUGGGAUUCGUGGCAUCGCACAGCAAGGUAUUCGAAGCAAGAUACACGGCCUGUGGAGGAUCCAGCGCGCCGCUUCAAGGAUAUCUGGGUAUAUGAAAAUGCGGUUGGCACACUACCUACCCCGUUCAGGAAUCAGGAAGCCCCAGAGACCCCCUUGCUGGUAGGAGCCAACGGUAUUGGCGAAUGGGGUCGUACAGAAUCCGGCCCAGUCUUUGUCAAUGAAGAUGUUGAUAAAAGCAAAGGCAUCGUGGUCGAUAUUCGCAUGUCGAAACUGUAUCCGUCCUUGUAUUACUGCUGUACUAGUCAUGGCCAGCUGGCCGCCCAAACAGUUCGAUUGGAUAUUCAGGAUAACCUCCAAUGUUAUCACAAGUACAACCGAGCCGAAGACCCCAUAGCUUUCCAAUUAGAAAAUUAUAUCUAUUGUCGUCGCCUUGAGGAUGCCAAAGAGGAUCUCGAGCAACUAAAAGCCAUUCCCAAGGAAGAUAUUGACGAUCCAGAACACAUGGAAAAGAUGAUCGAUCAUUUCCAAGAUUGUAUAAAAAUUCGGCCGGCCAUCUCUCCUGAUGACUGGCAAAUCAAUUCAUUGCCGGACAAAAAGAACCGACGCAAAUCGCGGCGUUUGUGGACCAACGAAGAUCUGGCGGAUUUAGCUGUUUCGCAAUUCAAGCAAGACCUCGACUACUGGAGUGCACGUAUUCCUCCUGGGUACGAGACUCGAUAUCACUUCCCAUCGGAUAUGGGAAUCACUAUGCCAAGGGAAGAAGAAACCGACACCAGCGCAAGACGGCACAAUAUCCAAAUCACAGUCGAUAACGAACCCGUAUCGGAAGACCAACGCCAUGAAUUGGAACAAGAAAUGGAACAAGAAAUGUUAUUAACCGCUCAAUUGACUCGUACUUUGUCCAGCGCCACUUCCACCACCCGUUCGCCUUCGACUCACAGUGUGCAUAGCUUGCAUCACCAGGCCCAAGAUCUGCUGAAAAAGAUUCCAUUGGCCCGCGUCUUCUCACGUAGACAACCUAAGGAUCAACAAGAACCAAACGAUACACAAGGUCGCGAAGAACCGCUCAUGCCAGAACUACAACGCAAUGCUUCCACUCGACGCAAUGCCCUGCUCUAAAUAAAAAAGGAAUAGCCUAGGCCUCUCCCCUAUGAUAGUACAUUACGUGAUUCCCUCCUCGUCAAGUAAAGUAGCGCAUGAAAACUCACGCAAGCGUUUUGGGUGCCGCCAA